GAUCGUCGUCAUCCAGUUAGAUAAGACCGUCAUAGAUCGUUUCGUGUGCAAAUCAUUUAGUCACUUUUCUGUCCUAUGGAAAUUGUGAACGAGGGGGUCGUCACCCCAUUUUUUGUGCAUUCGAAAUCUCAUGUGGGUGCGCGCCAAAAGGACGGAAUUUAAAAAACAAAAAAACAGAAAACUCUAGGACGUAUUUUGGAAUAGAUUAUGCAUGCAUCGCACCGGAAACAUGUCUCAUAUCCGCCCAUUACCUUUGCCAAACAAUCAGCCAAAACAUGAUGCUCACGACCAUUUGCGUGCCGUGUUUUCUGUGUUUUUCUUUUUACCUUCAUCGCCGAAAUUCACCAACGAAUCGCAACUUUGGCCCAUUUGGUCAAGGACACAGCCUCUUGCGUCCAAUGAUUAAUUCAAACCGUUUAUCACAGCAGGCUGCUGUGUUAUUUCGCAUAUGUGAACUUUCUCCAGCAUAGUAGAACACCCGAAGAGAUUAUUCCUUUCACAUCUGUUGGUGGACGCCCGAAAAGGUGCUACACAGGAAAAUUUUAGCAAGAAAGAAGAAAUAAGCUUUCCAUUAGAAAGUGAAGUGAAUAUCGCGUGCUCUGAUGUGUUCUCCAUCAAUUCGACCUUUUGAUUGUCCGUCGAAUUCUUUCCGUUUGGCGCGAUUGUUCAAAAUUAAAAAAACGCGACUUCCUCCCGCCAAGACAAAGUUCUUGGCCUCCGGUUUGUGUUGCGAGUUUUUAUAGUUCAAGGUGAAGGUGGAAGAAUAUCGUCACGAUAUUCCAACAAAAGGUAGGACGGUCUAGCUUAUAUUAUAACGUCGUCAUUAUUAUUUGUGUAGUUACAUAAUGGGUUCGAUGCGCAUUUAGUCAUGAGGGAGAGAAUCGACAGUUCAGUGGGCACACAUAACAAAAGGGAAGAAAUGAAGGACAUGUGUGUUGCUUUGGGUAAAAAUGCAGGACGCCUCCGCCAGGCCAGCCAGGUAUAAAACUCGUCUGUCGACCAGCACCCAUCAGCCAGUCAAGUCCUGCUAAAACGUUCACAGUCUCUUUAGCUUUCUCCGCUCGAUUUCUCCAGCAACACACAUUCAACAAACAGUUUCUCGAAUAUCUUCUCAGUGUCUUUGUGAUUCAACUUCAAGUUUUUACAAGUGGGAAAAACAAACGAAAUUUGUAUCAGCAAAAAUGUUUCACGUCACUCGAUGGAUUUUGGCCAUUGCGGCGAUCGGUUGGAUUGGUGCGGCCGCUCAGGAGGUAGCCUCAGGGAGUAGCAAUGAACAGCAGCAAUCGGCAAACGGAAGAGAUCUUCUAGGCGGAUUUGGAAGUAUUUUAGGCGGUUCUGGUUUCGGUUCGGGAUUGGGAGGCUUUGGCGGAGCAUCCUCGUUCCCAUCUUACGGCGGAUUGACUUCACCGUAUUCUUCCGGCUCACUUUACGGCACUCAGGCGGCCAUCGGCUACAACCAACAGAGUCUUUACGGCCAACAAGCCGUCGCCGGAUAUCCAGGAGGAGCUUUCGGCGGACAGACGUACGGAGCUGGCGCUGGAUUGGGCGGAUUUGGCGGUGCUUCUUAUCCAGGAGCUUUGACUGGUGGAUUUGGGCAGCAAGGGUAUGGACAGCAAGGAUUUGGGCAGCAAGGAUUCGGAGCAGGAUCGCUUUAUGGAGCUGGAGCUGGGGCAGGAUCGCUGUAUGGAGCUGGUGCUGGAGGAUAUCCCAGUUACGGCGGAGUCGGAAGUUACCCGGGUUUUGGAACAUCCGGCGCUGGGCUUGGGAGUCUUUCUGCUUACCCUGGAAGUGUUUACGGCCAACAGUCUGGUCUCUACAGUCAAUACGGCCAACAAAGUCCAUACGGUCAAUACGGCCUCUACAAUCAACAGAGUCUUUACGGUCAGGGUGCUCUGAAUCCUUACGGCUACGGCAGCCAACAGCGACCUUAUCGCUCCUCUUCCGAUCCUUCUUCAUCCUCCUCCUCCUUCUCCCAGUACACCGAUGACUCUUCCACCAACGAAAGGCAUUAACUUUUCAUUCCAACUAACCCCCCAAAACAAACAAACAAUUUAAUUUUCUUUUUUU